CCCAGAACAUUGCGCAUGCGCCAUGAAACCGCGCCUCCCCCGCCCCGGUCCCUGGACGCCGAGCGACCGCCGCCGCCGCGAGACCUGGCUGACCUGCCCCGCGGCUUGCACGCCCUUGUAGACUCUACGGGCUUUCGGGAGAUCGGUGCGGCUUGCAGGUUGGACACACUUCUUUCUGACUGCUGGAGAGCUGUGCUUUUAACUGCCUCUGAUCCAGCCCGUUUUCUGCAGGUGCAGGCCUGGGGUAGUCUCCUGUCCGGACAGAGAAGAGAAGAAUGCAGGACACCGGCUCAGUGCAGUGUGCCAUCCCUGGCUGCAGGGCUGCUCUUCGGCAGCCUAGCCGGCCUGGGUUCUUACCAGCUGUCUCAGGAUCCAAGGAACGUUUGGGUUUUUUUAGCUACAUCUGGUACCUUGGCUGGCAUUAUGGGAAUAAGAUUCUACAACUCUGGAAAAUUCAUGCCUGCAGGUUUAAUCGCAGGUGCCAGUUUGCUGAUGGUUGCCAAAGUUGGAGUUAGUAUGUUCAACAGACCCCACUAGCAGAAGUCAUGUUCCAGCUUGGACUCAUGAAGAAUUAAAAAUCUGGCAUAUUUUACUAUUUUCAAUGUAUGAAGAGAAAUAAAGGCAGCAUUUUUUCAUCUGACAUUUUACCUAAAAAAAAAAAAGCCACCAAACAUAGCAGAGGGGUGGAAAAUCAGUCGUUAGGAUUACAAUCCUACAGGGGUGGCAAGUAUGUUACAGAAGAGCUUAAUAAGACCCUCAUAGAGAUCAAUUCUUAUAUAUUGAUGUGAUCUCUUUUUUUUGUAUCUGUAGGUAAAUCUCAAGGGUAAAAUGUCAGGUGUCAACUUUGAGGGCCCUGAAAUCCCAUUCCCUGCUUGGAGGAACGGUGUGAAAAAUAUCUUAGAGAUUUAGAAUAUCUGUUCUUUUGCUCAUCUUAAAGCACAGACUGAUGUUGAAAUUAUGUUAAAUGAAAUACCAAUGAAAAUAAAGUUUACUAUAAAAAAUA